GAAAAAUUGUUCACUACUGUAUGUAAACGUUUGUGGGUGUUUUCUUGUAUUGAAAGAGGUUAAAGCUUUUUUCACAUGCUUCGUAUUUAGAAUAUUUUGAGACAUUUGUGGGCUUAUGAUAACCUGCAUUUGCUACCACGUAGCCCUAUUAUCAAUAACUUUAUGUUAAAGAAGUGUAGGUGAGCUCAAUCUCACCCAAACUAAAGGUUGAAAGUUAAUUUUUUUACUCGGCGUCUUUUUUACUCUUAUUUUGAAAGGCAGACCCGCUCAGCCAAUCAGGUCCGAGCUUUACAUAACCGGAAGCGCUGUUAUGAAAACAGCGAAAAAGAGCUGCACCCUCUCACAGCUGAGAACAGGCGCGUGGGUUCACAACAAGUGUCUGUCGGUGAUUGUGAGUUUCGACCAGCUGAUCACCAUCAUGCUGAAAACCGUGGGACAAGCGCUCUUCUCGACGGGACUGCAGAAUCCAAGAUUCACCGCCGAGGAGAAGAAGGGACAAGACUAUGAGAUCCGCACCUACCAGGCCACAAAGUGGGUCAGCACGUCUGUGAGCGGGAUGGAGCAGAACCUGGCCUUGAGCACCGGCUUCCGCCGGCUCUUCAGCUACAUCCAGGGCAACAACCACAACAAGGUCAAAGUGGAGAUGACGGCCCCUGUGUCUUGCCGCGUCGACCCGGGCGCCGGUCCUGCGUGCGAAUCUCAGUUCACCGUGUCCUUCUACAUCCCAGAGGAGCACCAGGACAGUCCACCAGAGCCAGGCGACCCACAGGUGUUUGUGGAGCACAGGAAAGAGUUCACAGCCUAUGUCAGGACGUACAGCGGCUUCUCCAAUGACGACAUGAAGCGUGCGGAGCUGCUGAAGCUCCUGGAGAGCCUGCAGCGGGACGGCGUCCCGUUCGUGGACAAGCCGUUCUACACAGCCGGGUACGACAGCCCCUUCAAACUGACCAACCGCAGGAACGAGGUCUGGGUCCUGAAGGAGGAAGAGCAGCACUAGAGAGUUCAAAAGGUCACGCAGCAACUGACACUGCAAAACAUCACUGCAGCGAUGAGGGAUAAAGAUUUUUUACAUGAUCCAUCUUUUACAACACUUGAUAAAUUCCACAGCUCUAAUCAAUGAAAUAUGAUGAAUUAAGCUUUAAAGGUCAUUUUAACGAGCAAAUAUUUUAUUUUUUUUACAUAUAUUUCAAUUUUCUAACUGUGUAUUGGUUUACAUUCUGAAUACUUACUGAAUAAGUUUCACUGUACGUCUGGAUAAAGUGACUGAACACAAAACAAAGUGAGCUCCAACCAACAGGCCAUUUAACAUCAGUGAAGCUGGAGUGAAAAAUCUGUCCAGCACAGGGAGUCGUGUGGCCCUGUUUACCUCUUUUGGUUUGUGUUAAAAAUUACAAUACUUCUCAGCGUUCUUUUGAUUCUUAAAGGUUAAAAAAGGUGCACUUAAAAUUUCAAAUAUUUCGUGAGGGACUCUCUGC